UUCCUUCCUGUGCAAAGUGUGUAAGCGCAGGGCUGGGCCCCGCUUCUGCUCUUUCUGGAGGCCCGGUUGCUGGGAAAAGGGGCCCCAUGUGAUGCAGUGAUUUCCUGCACACUUCCUGGCCUCGGCGGGUGCUGCUCCAUGCCCCUGCCUGCCACCCCUGAGCCAGCCUUGCUUUCGUCCAGGCAAUUCCUUGCGCAGCUCUGGAGGGAGCACCAUGCUGCGGCGGAAGCCAUCCAAUGCCAGCGAGAAAGACCCACCACAAAAGAGGAAGUUGACUCUGCAGCGCUCCAGCAGCUUCAAGGACUUUGCAAAGUCCAAACCCAGUUCCCCUCUGCCCAGCGAAAAAGAAUUCACCCUGGAAGAGGAGAUCCCUGAAGGCAUCCGGGCAAACCCACUGCCUAGCCCUGAUGACCCUGGCCAAAGCGGUACCUUGAAGCUGGGCAAAAGAUGGAGAGCUGCCAUCUCUCGUACCAUGAACAGGAAGAUGGGCAAGGCAGCCGUCAAAGCGCUGUCGGAGCAGGGCGGUCCUGAAAAUAAUGUUGCUGAAUCUUCACCCAUGAACAGCCCUAUCGAGGGCGAAGUCCCUAUUUUUCCAGAAACAACAGAAACUGGCAGCCCACAGACCCCAACUGAGAGUGACACGACAAGUCCCAGACUGAUGGAGAGUACCCACAAGAAGAGAGACGAGCCCAGUGCGCCACCCUACAGCGGCCCCUUUUGCGGAAGAGCCAGAGUCCAUACAGACUUCGUCCCCAGCCCAUAUGACAAAGACUCCCUGAAGCUGCAGAAAGGGGACAUGAUCCACAUCAUUGCAAAACCUCCCGUGGGCACCUGGACUGGCCUUCUGAACAACAAAGUGGGCUCCUUCAAGUUCAUCUACGUGGACGUCAUCCCAGAAGAGGUGGCACCAGCGACAAAGAGCUGUUCGCGCGGCAGCAGGAGCAAAAGGCCCAAGCCCAAAACCCUGCACGAACUGCUGGAGCGCAUGAAUCUUGAGGAACACACCUCCACCUUGCUGCUGAAUGGCUAUCAGACUCUGGAGGACUUCAAGGAGCUGCAGGAGACGCACCUGAACGAGCUGAACAUCACUGACCCACAGCACCGGGUCAAGCUGCUUACGGCAGCAGACCUACUGCUGGAUUAUGACACCAGCAGUGAGGCCGAAGAUGACGGAGGACGCGUGGAGGCCCAUCUGGCCCCAGAAGAAUCAAAAGAGGACAUUCCGCGGGAUUCUGGCUGCUUUGAAGGGACAGAGACAUUGGACAGCGGGCGGGAAGACUCUAAACUGGAGGAAGGGCUACAUUCUCUCUCUCUGGCUGACUCCUGCUGAGAUAAGCCUCCCCUUCCUGCAUCCUGGCCACUGGCUGGUAAAUACAAGCUGUUGUUCAGGCACGUCUGCCUCUCAGCCAGAAGGUAUGGCUGUGCCGAGUAAUCUUCCGCUUUGGACCAAGUUAAGAGCACUGCUCCAGCCUUACUAGUCCUGGGAGGAUGGGCUGGAUAAAGGACUAGCGCUGGAUAAAUAUUAGAGCUUUCGGGGAAGGUCAUGUUUACUUGAAUUUACACAGGCUUCCUGAAAAUGUGUAAGAGUCAGGAAUGACUGCAAUUGUCCCAAUAUGUCCAGCUUCUCCUGGGUCAAGUUAGGAUAGAAAGAAAAGAUUGCCUUCAUUCCUGUGAAGAAAAGUGCAGCACGUAGGUGUUACUGCUGUUACAGCUGCCACACUGCUUCACCUUCACCUUCCAUUGUGAUAGGGGAAAAUAACCUCACUAGGAAAUGCUCUUGUAGGGGAAAGAUUAUGGAAACCUGGCUUUUCCCUACUCUCUUUAGGUGUAGUCCUGUUCUGAGAUCAACUAGCCAUGAGAAGUGCUAGCAUAACAUCUUGGUCACCAACAGGUAGGUGCAAUUCCUGAGCUAGUUGAGUUGGAAGUAUUGUGUAGCAAAACAAACGAAGGGCUUGGGCACAUUUAUCCUCCAAUAGAGAUCUCUCAGUAAACCACAUUUAUCCCUACAGCACAGAUCUAGCUUCUUAUCUCUGUUUGAAAUUACAAACCAUUUCUUUAGAAACAGUAGUAAAACAUUCAACCACGUCAAGUUCUCCUGCCAUAGCUAGGCAAUUUUCCAAGCAGGAAGAAAUGUAUGCUGUUACAUAUAAGAAAAUAAAAAUGAAAUGCACAGAUACUGGAUGGGAGACACCUGGCUUGAAUACAGCCCAUGUGAAAGGGAUCUAGGAGUCUUAGUAGACCACAAGCCGAAUAUGAACAAAUCGUGCGAAUCAACUAGAAAACCCAAUAUGAUUCUAGGCUCCAUCAAUAUGAGCACGGUGUCUAAAUUAAAGAAAGCAAUAGUACCAUUCUAUUUUGCUUUGGUCAGGUCUAACAUGGAAUAUGUGUCCAGUUUUGGGCACCACAAUUUAGGAAAGACAUUGACAAGCUGAAAAGCAUCCAGAGAGGAUUUAAAAAAUGGGAAAAGGUAUGAAAACCAUGCCCUAUGAGAAAAAGCUUAAGAAGCUGUGUAUGUUUAUCUUGAUGAGAAAUCUGAGAGGUAAUGUAAUAGUCAUGAUAACAUAUCUGAAAACUGAAGAUGGAGUCAGCUUGUUUUUGGCUACUCCAAAAACUAAAACAUGGAGCAACAAGAUUCAAAUGACAGGAAAAGAUUCCACCUAAAUACUAGAAAGAACAUCUGAUGGGAAUAACUGUUGUGGUAGAGUUGCAUGCUUUGAGGUUUUAAACAGGGCCAAAUAGCUAUCUGUCAGGAGUUUUUUGAUUGUGUAUUCCUCCAUUGCAGGGAGUUGAACUAAAUGGCCCUUAUGGUCUCUUCCAACUCUAUUUUCCAUGAUUUCUAUGACCACCUCACAAUGAGAUUAGGCAUGUCUCAGCCCAGCAAAUAUCUAUAAAGCCACAGACACUUGC